CAUAGCCCACAGCUCCUCACGCAACAAGCUUACACAGAUGCGAGGGUGGAGCGACAUGGCCCUUUCAUACAUUCCGGUCAUGCUAAUGGCCACCACCAGCUUUAUGCUAAUCCCGUUCAUGGCUGCUUCAUCUCCUGCUCCGAGCAAUGACACCGACGACCUUGCGGCGCUGCUGGCUUUCAGAUCCCAGUUGUCUGAUCCUUUGGCCAUCGUUACGAAUAACUGGACAACUGAUGUGCAUUUCUGCAGCUGGAUCGGUGUGUCAUGCAGCCGCCGUCACCACCAGCGUGUCACCGCUUUGGAGCUGCCGGACAUUCCCCUCCAAGGAGAGCUCAGCCCUCACCUCGGUAACCUCUCUUUCCUCCAUGUCCUAAACCUAACAAACACAACCCUCACAGGUUCCAUCCCAGCUCAUCUUGGAAGAUUAGCUCGUCUUAGGUAUCUUCAUCUUGGCUACAAUAGCCUAUCGGAUGCAAUCCCGUCUACCGUGGGAAACCUCACCAGGCUCAAAUUUCUAAUUCUGAAUUUCAACCAGCUCUCUGGGAAGAUCCCCAAUGAGGUGCAAAACAUGCAUAGCCUUAGGUACCUCUCUCUGGAAAGAAAUUACCUUAGCGGCCUGACACCGAAUUUUUCAUUUGACAGCACGCCUUCGCUAAGCCACAUAGACAUUCGGAACAACAGUCUCUCCGGGCAAAUACCAUCUGGUAUUGGCUCCUUGCUCAUGCUCCAGGUUCUUGACAUUCAGAACAACAGUCUCUCCGGUCAUGUACCGCCUAACAUCUUCAACAUGUCUAGGAUUGUUGAUAUGAGUCUGGGGGACAACAAUCUAACAGGCCAUAUACCUAGCAAUACAAGCUUUAGUCUCCCCAUGUUGCAAAAUUUAGAUCUCUAUGAGACCAAAUUCCAGGGUCAAAUUCCAUUGGGACUUGCAUCAUGCCAGCACCUUCAGAUGCUUAUCAUUGCUGGAAAUCUAUUCGUGGAUGUGGUACCGUCAUGGCUGGCUAAGCUGCCACAGCUUAGGCAGAUUUCAAUGGGUGGCAAUCACCUCGUUGGCCCAAUCCCUCCUGUGCUUGGUAACCUCACCAUGCUCACCCUACUUGACAUCGCAUACUCCAACCUAAGCGGAGAUAUUCCUGUGGAAUUGGGAAAACUGAGACAACUCGCUUUUCUGCACCUUUCCAACAAUCAACUAACAGGUCCCUUCCCAGCUUUUCUUGGCAACUUGUCGGGAAUGUCUCGCAUAAAUUUGCAUUCCAAUCGGCUGACUGGAUCAGUGCCAUCAACACUUGGAAACAACAUACCUCUUGUGUAUCUUGAUAUUCGAGAUAAUCAUGUUCAUGGGGAUCUUAGUUUCUUGGCCAGCCUAUGCAAUUGUCGGCAACUUCAAACCCUUGCCAUAUCAAAUAAUCCUUUCUCUGGGACUAUCCCCAGCUAUUUUGGUAACCUCUCGACUAACCUACUGGCAAUUGAAGCAAAUAGCAACCAUUUGGUUGGUAGGCUUCCAGCAACAUUAUCAAAUCUUACUGGUCUUCGUCUGAUAAGCUUUUCGGACAACAAUCUUACCAAAGAAAUACCAGCAUCCAUUUCUACAUUGGAAAAUCUACAGGCACUUGAUCUCUCUGGGAAUAGAAUGAUUGGCUCAAUCCCUGUACAAUUUGGUAUGCUGAGAAGUAUUGUAGAGUUAUUCCUCCAGGACAAUAGAUUAUCUGGCUCCAUACCGGAUGCCUUGAGCAACCUCACCAUGUUAGAGUACACUUCAUUAUCUUAUAACCAUUUAUCUUCGACCAUCCCAUCAAGCUUGUUUUAUCAUAGUAACCUUGUCGGGCUAGAUCUGUCACACAACUCUCUAACCGGUACAUUACCUUCUGAUCUUGGACGUAUGCAAAGCAUGGACCGGAUAGAUCUUUCUAGUAACCUCUUGGCUGGUGGCCUCCCAAGUUCAUUUGGACAGGUUGCCAUGUUAUUAACCUACCUAAAUCUUUCACACAACUUAUUCAAGGAUUCAGUCCCAGACUCUUUCGGACGCUUAACCAACUUAGCAACAUUGGACCUAUCGUCGAACAAUCUUUCAGGAACAAUACCAAACUACCUCGCCAGCUUUACCUACCUUUCUUAUCUGAACCUCUCCUUUAAUAGGUUAGAAGGACAAAUACCAAAUGGAGGUGCUUUCUCAAACCUCACCUUGCAAUCUUUGAUGGGGAAUGUUGGGCUAUGUGGUGCUCCUCGUCUAGGGCUGUCGCCGUGUCUACACAAGUCUGACCAGACUUAUGGUCGACACAUAAUCAAGUUUAUACUCCCAAUUCUCGUCAUUGGAGCUGGUGCAUUUGCAUCUCUUUUGUACCUAAUGAUCAAAAGGAAAAAUAAGAAGCAAUCAUAUGUUUCGACUUCAACUGGCAUGAUUGACCUGAUCGGCCAUAGGUUAGUACCCUAUCAUGAGAUUGCUCGUGCCACUGAAAAUUUCAAUGAGGACAACCUACUUGGAACUGGAAGUUUUGGCAAAGUUUUCAAGGGUCAACUAGAUGAUGGUUUGGUGGUCGCAAUAAAAGUUCUCAAUAUGCAAGUCGAGCAGGCCGUGAGGAGCUUUGAUGCUGAAUGUCAAGUGUUACGGAUGGCUCGACAUCGCAACUUGAUAAGGAUAUUGAAUACAUGUUCCAAUCUGGAGUUCAGGGCACUGCUGCUUCAGUACAUGCCCAAUGGUAGUUUGGAGAUACACUUGCAUACCAAAAAUGGGGAACCACUUGGAUUCAUCGAGAGAUUGGACAUUAUGCUUGGCGUGUCGGAGGCAAUGGAGUACCUGCACCAUCAGCAUUUCCAAGUAGUCCUACACUGCGACCUGAAGCCUAGCAAUAUAUUGUUCGAUGAUGACAUGACGGCGCAUGUUGCCGACUUUGGAAUUGCAAAGUUACUUUUAUGUGAUGACAACUCCAUGGUUUCAGCAAGUAUGCCAGGGACAAUUGGGUACAUGGCCCCAGAGCUUGCAUUCAUGGGACAUGCAUCACGGAAGACCGACGUGUUCAGCUUUGGGAUCAUGCUUCUUGAAGUCUUCACGGGGAAGAGGCCAACGGAUCCCAUGUUUGUCGGAGAAUCCAGCCUUAGGCAAUGGGUUUCGCAAGCAUUUCCAGCAAAGCUCGUUGGUGUUAUGGAUGAGAAGCUACAGCAGGAUGAUGUAAUGAACCUUGUCUUUCAUCACCAAACACUGAGUACUUCGUCAUCAUCAUCCUCCAUUGCCUGCAAUAGAAACUUUCUCGUGUCGAUAUUCGAGCUGGGUCUAGAGUGUUCUGGCGACUCUCCCGGCCAGAGGGCGAGCAUGAGCGACGUGGUCAUGAGGCUGAAGAACAUAAAGACGGAUUACUCUGCUUCCAUUGCAGCAACUCAAAGGGCGCAACAACGUUGAUGAGAUAAUAUCAUGUUUUAGUGCAUGUAUGUAGUGCAUAAUUUCUCCUUAUUGUGUUGUUGCAUCAAGGAGGUUUCACGGGGAGUAUGACUAUCUAAUCGUAAUCAUUGAUGCGUUGUUGCACUAA